AUGUCCGCCAAAGGUGCAGGAGGUCGUAAGAAGACCAGCAGCGGCAAGAAAGUGUCGCGCUCGGCCAAGGCUGGUCUGCAGUUUCCCGUGUCCCGAAUUGGAAGAUACCUGAAGAAGGGACGUUAUGCGAAACGCGUUGGCGUUGGCGCGCCCGUGUACCUCGCUGCGGUGCUGGAGUACCUUUGCGCCGAGAUUCUCGAGUUGGCGGGGAACGCGGCACGUGACCACAAGAAGACGAGAAUCAUCCCCCGCCACAUCCAACUCGCUGUGCGCAACGAUGAAGAACUGAGCAAGUUCCUUGGAGGGGUCACGAUUGCAAACGGAGGAGUGAUGCCCCAUGUGCAUGCCGUUCUGCUGCCCAAGCACUCAAAGUCCAAGGGCAAGCAUGGUGUGUCCCAGGAGUUCUAA